AUGUUUCGAAAAGAACUUUCUCCCACUAGUAGGAGCUGUCACAUUCAAGCCAGUGAUAUAAUCGCUUCUGGUGAAAAGUUCGUAUGGGUUAGCAGAAAAUCUCUUCCAUGUAAAAUGGUUAAAACGGAUUUUAGUGUAUGGUCAUUUGUGAAACAAUCCAUUGGAAAGGUAACAAUUAUUAUCAUUGUUAAUUCUAGUUUUAAUUCUGUUCAAAAAGAAAAUUAA